AUGGCCGAACAUAACCCCAUGAUGACGCUUCAGGCGGAGCUCGCUCGUUUCCGUAAAGCGACACUCAACUCGGCCGUCAGGGACGCGGACAAGCUUCUCGACCUGCUCGUUCAGGCGAGAGAGCAGAUCGCCGAUGCAUCCGAUCCGCACCGCGCGAGCUUGACCAUGACCAAGCUCCAGAAUCCCGUCAACGCAGGCUUCGAGGCAAUUAACAAUGACUUGAAGGACGUCUCAAAAGCACAAAAGACCUUUGGCAAGGCCCUCGACAAGUCUUUUCCUCAGCGGCCCCUUUCGACAGAUUACGAUGCGAUGGCCUCCUAUCCCUCGCUGAUCAACCGUGCCGUCGCCAUGCACAUGCUGCGCGAGGGCCAGUUCAGCGUGGCCUCAACCUUUCUCCGCGAAGCCCACGAGCGGCCUCCCCCUUCUUCCCCGAAUCACGCGGCACUCGACGCCGAUAUACACUCGCUUCAGUCUCAGGAGCUCCAGGACAAGUUUGCAAACAUGUACGAGAUCUUGCACGAGCUCAAGAAUAGGAACCUUGUACCGGCGAUCGAGUGGGCGCGACUCAACGGCGACGAACUCGAAGCCCGCGGCUCCAACCUCGAGUUUGAGCUCAGCAAGCUGCAGUUCGUUUGGCUUUUCAAGGGACCCGAGGUUAACAACCUUCCCGACAAUGCCCGCAACGGCCGCACAGGAGCUCUCGCCUACGCCCAGACCAGCUUCGGCCGCUUCCAGGCUCGCCACCUUAAGGAAAUUCAGCAGCUAUCGUGUGCCAUGGUGUACGCGUCCAACAUCGCCCAGUCACCCUACGCCAACGUCUUCGACACCUCGGCCGCCUUCGACGACGUCGCUCUCUCCUUCACGCGCGAGUUCUGCUCCCUGCUCGGCCUGUCCGCCGAGUCGCCCCUCUACGUCGCCGCCACGGCCGGCGCCAUCGCCCUGCCGCAACUCAUCAAGUAUACCACCUACAUGAAGGCCAAGCGCACUGAGUGGACGACGGAAAACGAGCUCGCCUUUGAGACGCCCCUUCCCCGCAGCAUGAUCUACCACCCCAUCUUUGUCUGCCCCGUAAGCAAGGAGCAGACAACGGAGCAGAACCCGCCCAUGAUGCUGCCUUGCGGUCACGUCAUCUGCAAGGAAUCACUGCAGCGCCUGACCAAGGGGUCUCGCUUCAAGUGCCCGUACUGCCCGAAUGAGGGCCAUAUCAAAGAUGCUCGGGAGAUCAAGUUGUAG